CGACAAGUGAGGCGAGCCGAGCGCAGAACAGAGGCGGACGUAAGCGUGAACAUUCGCUCGCCAUUUUUCGCUGUUUUUCGCAUUUUAUCCUACUCUCUGCGCUUUCCUUUCUCUCUUCGGCCCUUGUCAUGGACCCUGGCGAGGAUGGCAAAGUGUCCCUGGAGGGCGCCGCCGCCGCCGUCGCCGCCGUCGCCACCGGCCCGUGCACCCUCCUGGCCGCGGCCUCUCACGCGGCCGACGCGGUUCCUCUCCCGCCGGAGGUCGCCGCCGGCGCCGUCCACAGAGGCGCGGGCGGCCCGCUGGCGCCCACCGUGUCGCUUCCCACGGUGGCGCCCCUGCAGCCCGAGGCCGACCCGGAGUUCCACUGGGGGCGCCGCCAGAUCCUGUCUCUCAUCGCGAAGGUGGAGGACUUCUUCGAGGACUUCUACGACGGCACCAAGAAGAAGAAGAUGAUCUGGAAGGCCGUGGCCGAGAGGAUGCGCGCCGAGGGACACAACUGCACGGGCGCCGAGUGCGACAAGAAGUGGAGGAACCUCAAGGGAACGUACGUCAAGGUCCUUCAGAAGCAGAUUCACGGCGACACGAGCUAUCGCUUCGAGUACUUCGACGCGCUGCACCACAUCCUCGGGAAGGAGAUCGACCCCCUAGGGAUGAGGGAGCAGGCAAUGUCCCGCGGCCCCGAGGAGGAGCUGCACGGGGCGGCCGACUACCACGAGAUCACGGUGGACGGGAACUUCGUGUGGGCGGAGGCGGCCGUGCACCUGCUGCUGGACCUCGUCCUCGAGCACAGGGCCUUGCUGGGGCCCGCCGCCGACUUCGCGGACGAGCCGUGGGAGGAGAUCGCGCACCAGAUGGGCGAGGAGUGCCAGCAGGUGGAGGGGAGCCAGUGCCAGCGCAAGUGGCUCAACCUCCAGGAAGGAUUUCGGUUCCACCAGGCGGAGGCGGAGCUGACGGGUCUGUCCGCGCCAUUGUGGCCUUUAACUUUUCAAGCCCAGCGUUCAGCGACACGAUCCAUGAUGUCGCCUCAAAGGCAUUCCGAAAUCAUCAAGGGGGCGCCCUGUGACCGGAAGCCCAUCAUCGGCCUGGGCGGCGUGGCGGAGACCCCGGGCAGGAAGCCGCGAGGAGCAGGACUGGGCGGAGGCCUGGGCCUGCGGACGCCCUCGUCGUCGUCGUCGGCGGGCGCGGGCGGCGGCGGGCGGAGGAGCCGGGGGCUGGCGGGGCGCGUGCGGCAGCUGGAGGGCCACACGAGCCUCAGCCGCCGCCUCGACCACCUGGAGGCGCGCGUAGAGACGUCGCGGCUGCAGCGCGAGGCCUACAAGCAAACCAACUCCAUCCUGACGAAGGUCCUGGCGGAGCUCAGGAGGAUCAACGGCAUCCUGGAGGAGCAGCAAGAGCAGCGCUUCCAGCCCAGCCACCACAUCCACGCCGGCGGCGGCCAACGGCAGCAGCACCACGACCAGGAGCCGGGCAGCCCCAACCAGGGCAUCAUCAUCGUCGAGGCCUACGCCGAUCAGCUCUAG